CCUUUUAUAGCUAAAUAAGCAUUGAAAAUAGAAAAUAUAAAAUAACCAAUAAAUAAUCUAGAAUAAAAUAUACCAUCUUAAUUAAAAUUUUCUAAAUAAGAAAUAGUUUCAUUAAUUUCUUGUAUGUUUUUAUGUAUUUUUCAACUAUAACCUAAAGAAAGCUAAAAAUAUUCAAAAAAUUUCAAUUUUGAGAAUAUUUUUAAAGAUAAUGCGAAAAUAUCAAUAGAAAAAAUAAAAUGUAUUAUUAAUUAUUUUGAAACAAUAUAAAAUAUAAAGUUUUAAAAUACUAACUAUUUUUAGUAAAUGAUUAUUUACAGAAGAUGUGUUUUCGAAUCUUCUGAUUUAUAUACUAAAUAUUAAAUAGAUUUAAAUUUUGCAAAAAUGAAUGUAUAUUUCGAUAAUGAUAAUGCUAUAGAAUAUUAUACUGAUAAAUUAAGUUGCUUAUAAAUUAAUUUCGCGGAUAAAUAUAUUGGAGGAGGUGUUCUUUCAUACGGAUGUGUAUAAGAAGAAAUACUAUUUAUAACAACACCAGAGUUAUUACCAAGUAUAUUAUUUACAGAAUAUUUAAAAGAAAAUGAGUCUUUAUUAGUUUUAGGGGCUAAUAAAUUUUCUAAAUAUAUUGGAUACGCUAAUAGUUUUUAAUUUGCAGGUAUAUUUCCAUUAAAAGAUUAAUAUGAUAUAGUUUAUGGAUUUAAAGAUGCUUUUGAUUUUAGAAAACUUGAUAAUUAAUUAUAAUAGUUUGAAUAAAAAUAUUUAUAAAGAGAAAUUAUAAAAUCUCUAUCUCUAUUUACCUCUUAUGAAGGAAAUCAGAUUGUUACUGGUAAUUGGGGAUGUGGUGUUUUUCAAGGAGAUCCUUAAUUAAAACUUAUUCUUUAAUUAAUUUCAGCUAAUUUAGCAAAUAAAAAUGAAAUUUAUUAUUGCACAUUUCGACAUGAAUAACUUUAUUUUCUUUAAAAGUAUUGGGAUAUUAUUAAGUAUUUAAAUAUUGAAAAAAUAUUAUUUUAUAUAGAAAAAUAUUAUUAAUAGCAAAUCAAAGAGUAUAAUUUAAUUUAGUUUAUAGUAUUGUAAUUGUGA